AUGGUGUACCACUGCACCAUCCAACCCAGAGGGACUGAAUACCUAAGGUUCAAGGCACCGAAGUCAUGGAACGUUCGUGCGCCUAACGCCACGUUGAUUGAUAAGGUCCGGGCAUUAACUAGCGACAACAGGAGUAAGCAUGAGCGUGAUAUUGUAGAGAGUGAGAUACACAUGGGAAUAGAUGUAGUGGUAGCCAGUGGCAGAGGCGGCGCGAACAUAAACUAA